GACGUUCGUUCACUAAAUGGAGGUUGCAUCACUCCUGAAGGUAUCAGCUCUGAUUUCUCAUACGCUCUUCAUAAUGUUACAGAUGUUGUGUUAACAUUUCCGAAGAAUGCAAUGCAAAGAACGGUUUUAGAAAAUCCAAUGCUUCGAGGUCUUCAGGUCACUAUAGAUUCCAGAAACUUCCCCGAUCAAGCGAUGACCACAAUGGGUGACAUAUUCUUUACACGUAUGCUUCAAGCUUCAGAUUUAGAUGGAGUGAAUGAAUGCACAGAAGAAUACGAGGACUCAUUAACUAGACCACUGAAUGCAGAUGAUGGCACACCAUUAGCUAGAACAUGGAAAGACCAAACUUCAUUCUUAUGCACUAUUCCAGUUCAACGUGAUGGAGCGGGUAUAUUCUUUGAUGGAUUAGAAACUUUCAACUCACAAGUUACAGUACAAGUGAAAGCUUAUCCAAUCAUUCAGGGUGAAAAUGACACUUACUGUUCAAAGGUGACAAAUCCUCCUCAGGUUUGGUUUACUAGGACUACAUAUUGGACAUGGACACCGGAUGAAGGUUUGAAAUAUCAUCCAACAGGUACACCACCACAGUAUAGAAGUUCAUAUGAUGAAAUAUUGAUGAAUAGAAAUGUAUAA